AUGCUCUUUGGACUAUGGCAUUCAUGUGUGUCUCCUGACCCAGAUCGUUUGUUAUCUUCCAUUGUACACGAUCUCAUGGUUUCAGGCGCUGGUGAUUUAAUGAUCGAUGUCGGAACAGAAAAUUUAAUACAUUUCGACAUUGAGGUGUUAAUCGUUGGUGGUGACCUACCGGCUCGAUCUAAAUGUAAUAAAAUAUCGGCCCAUAAUGGAUUCUUCUCAUGUACAUAUUGCUUAUAUGAAGGUGUAUCCUGUACUCAGCAUCGGCAUGUUUUAUAUCCGUAUGUUGAUUUCAAGCAAAUACGUCCACCACCACGAACAAAAGAACAUAUAGCUUAUUGUGUCGAACAAAUUAAACAAUCAAAUAUAAAAGCAUUUCGUACGUACGGUGUAUAUGGAUUAUCACCAUUAAUCUUUAAUCGAUGUAAGGAAAUUUAUUCUGUCCAUGCCUUAUGUCAUUUUACUGAACAACGUUUUUCUUUUGGAAGUUUAGCCUAUCAUUCUAUGUUUGCUCCCGAGAGCGCACUACAUCAUUUUUCAAAACUAGCACAUGGCACAAUAUCUAGAGGUGCUCAGAUAGCUUAUUGGCAUUGCAUAAAUCGUCAAAUAGACACAUUAAAUGCGUCACCAUCUCCUCAAAUAUUUACUCAAAAUUUUUUCUGA